GUUGCCAGAUCAGUGUAAUCGCAGUGAAAACGUGUGGGUGGAAAACUAUACAACUGCUUGUUAUACGGGAGGUUUGCUUAAUUCAUCGUCAUGUAUCAGCCGCCUUUGCCACCGCCACCUGCUCAACCUCCUCCUCCGCCUCCUCCACCUCCACCGCAGUCGGAGGAUGCCCCAUCUAUGUCUGGCGUUACCUCCCACACAUACUCCUCACAUGAAACCCAGGCUCACAGCACCUUGAGCUACGUGUAUCCAGACACCAAUGCAAGCUCAAUCCCUAGCUAUGAUCCCUACCAGCAGCAGGCAGCUUAUGGGUACGCUUACGAAGAUCCAGCACAAAAGUAUUAUAGCCAGGAGUCCGAUUACCAGUACCAAGCAUCAGGGACAUCCUACCCAUACGAAACCUACAAAUACUCGGAUCGGUAUAACCCAUAUUCAUCCAACUACCGGUCACCCUCUGAAAGAGAGCGAUACAAUUCCUAUGGAUCUAGUCAGGGUUACCAUCAUUACCCUGGCUAUAGCUCGGGAAGGCGUUAUGACCAGCGACAUGGUCAGGAGUACCGGCAUCCUCAGGAGCCCCGAUAUGUCCAAGAAUCACGACAUGGACAUGGUCACUAUGCACACAGAUCACCAAAGGGAUCUCAUCACGGCUUCUAUGGAUCUUCAGCCAGAAGUGGAAAUACCGAAGAGUACCCGCCACGAAGCUAUCGCGAGAAGGAAAGAAGCGAGUCGGUAGAGACGCUCAGACACAAACCCAAAUUGGAAACUGAAAGAGCCCGUAUUCUCCGUCAGUGGCGUUCAAACUACUGCGAGAAACCAGAGGAUUAUGUAAAGAAAAUGAAUGCUCUUGGCGAAGCGGAAGCUCCUGCUGAGUCCUGGGUACGAUCUUCUCCAGCUGACCCAUACUACGAACGCACUAAGAACGAGAACGAGGUAAAAGGUCGGGCGCGGCUGCAAAAGUUGUGCAAGCUGUUUGCCGAGGAGCUGCUGCAAAGAGCAGAGAGGGUGCGCCAGAACUUGCCCGUUUAUGUGCCCCCUCCGAGGAAGGCCCGCCGUCGUGUUUGUAAGCACAAGCACAAGUCGGAAGCCUGCUCAUCCUCCUCCUCCUCCGAUGAGGACUCUGACGAGGACGCCUUUAAAAUUGAGCAGGACUGCUGCAUGGAGGAGCUGUCGCGUAAAGUGCAGCAUCCACAGCGGGUGCACGCCGAUCUCUGGCACAAUGACGCAGGCGAGAUGAACGACGGGCCCCUAUGCCGCUGCUCUGCGAAGUCUCGACGCAUUGGCAUCCGUCAUGGUAUCUAUCCAGGCGAGACUGGCUACAAGGUUUGCGACCCUAACAGCAACAAUGCGGGCAAGCUCUUUCACUAUAGGAUCAGCAUCUCGCCGCCUACAAACUUCUUGACCAAGACACCCACAAUCAUCAAGCAUGAUGAGCACGAGUUCCUAUUCGAGGGCUUCUCGCUACUUUCACACGUGCGCCUCACCGAUCUGCCCGUUUGCAAAGUGAUCCGUUUUAACAUUGAGUAUACAAUUGAGUACGAGGAGGAGAAGAUGCCAGAGAACUUCACCAUCCAUGAGCUGGAUCUUUUUUCUAAAUACCUGUUCCACGAGUUGCUAGAGCUUGUGGACUUUGAUUUGAUGCCUAAUGUAGCAUCUGGAAGCGCCGAGGAAUCGUGCCCGGCAUUUCACUUCCUACCGCGUUUCGUACGUGAUCUUCCGGAUAAUGGAAAGGAGGUUCUCGCCAUGGUUGAGGUACUCCGUUACUUGUUAGAUAACUCCGCCCAGCUGGUCGAAAGGCAACAGCUGCUCCACCUUAACCAGAUCAGCCAGAACGAAUGGCAGAACUACGUUGACUACAUCAAGGGAAUGCUGGUUACUAAGCCGGGUCAUAAGCCUUGCUCACUGCGCGUAGACCAACUGGACAGGAACAACUCGGAUUUACCUGAGUGCAUAGAUCGCGAGUCUGGAAUCUCACAUCCGGCGAUCGUGCACUUCGGUAUUCGUCCGCCACAGCUAAGCUACGCGGGCAAUCCAGAAUACCAGAAAGCCUGGCGAGAGUACGUAAAGUUCCGUCAUUUAAUGGCCAACAUGUCAAAGCCAUCUUUUAAAGACAAGCGAAAACUGGAGGAAAAGGAGCAACGCCUGCAGGAGAUGCGAACGCAGGGGCGCAUGAAACGAAAUAUCACUGUCGUCAUAAGCUCGGAGGGAUUCUAUCGCACGGGCAUUAUGUGUGAUGUGGUACAGCAUGCAAUGCUAGUGCCUGUCCUGACGGGACAUCUCCGUUUUCACAAGUCUCUGGACCUGCUGGAGGAAAGUAUCGGGUAUCACUUUAAAAAUCGUUACCUGCUCCAGUUGGCACUGACGCAUCCCUCUUACAAAGAGAACUAUGGCACCAAUCCUGAUCAUGCGCGAAAUUCGCUGACCAAUUGCGGAAUUCGACAACCCGAAUACGGAGAUCGCAAGAUCCAUUACAUGAACACUCGCAAGAGAGGUAUCAAUACCUUAGUGAGCAUUAUGUCCCGAUUUGGCAAGGAUCAUGAAACUGUAUCAAACAUUACGCACAACGAGAGGCUGGAGUUUCUCGGUGACGCUGUGGUGGAGUUCCUCAGCUCAAUCCAUCUGUUCUUCAUGUUCCCGGAACUGGAGGAGGGAGGUUUGGCUACCUAUCGAGCAGCUAUUGUGCAGAAUCAGCACUUGGCUUUGUUGGCCAAGAAGCUGCAGCUGGAAGAGUUCAUGCUGUAUGCACAUGGAUCCGAUUUGUGCCACGAGCUGGAGCUGCGCCAUGCAAUGGCCAAUUGUUUUGAAGCCCUUAUGGGUGCCCUUCUUUUAGAUGGUGGAAUCAAAGUGGCAGAUGAGGUAUUUACGGAUGCACUGUUCCGGCAGGACGAGAAACUAUUGAAUAUCUGGAAGAAUCUGCCGGAACACCCGUUACAGGAACAAGAACCACUAGGUGAUCGAAGCUGCAUUGAUUCCUAUCGAGUGCUCAAGGAGCUGACUAAGUUCGAGGACUCCAUUGGAAUCAAGUUCAAGCACAUUCGUCUAUUGGCUCGCGCAUUUACCGACCGUUCCAUUGGAUUUACUCACUUGACCCUGGGGUCUAAUCAACGAUUAGAGUUUCUGGGCGACACAGUUUUGCAGUUGAUUUGCUCGGAGUAUCUUUAUCGUCACUUCCCCGAGCACCAUGAAGGCCACUUGUCUCUUCUGCGUUCUUCAUUGGUUAAUAACCGGACUCAAGCGGUGGUGUGCGAUGAUUUGGGGAUGCCAAAGUAUGCGGUGUAUGCUAAUCCCAAAGCCGACUUAAAGACCAAGGAUCGCGCCGAUCUGUUGGAGGCCUUUCUGGGCGCCUUGUACGUUGACAAAGGUCUGCUGUAUUGUGAACAGUUCUGCCACGUUUGUUUGUUCCCGCGUCUGCAAAUGUUUAUCAUGAACCAGGACUGGAACGACCCCAAGUCCAAACUGCAACAAUGCUGCCUUACCCUGCGCACUAUGGAUGGUGGCGAACCGGACAUUCCAUAUUACAAGGUGGUAGAGGCUAGUGGUCCAACCAACACGCGUGUGUACAAGGUGGCAGUGUACUUCCGCUCAAAGCGGCUGGCCACCUCUAGUGGCUCCUCCAUUCAGCAGGCGGAGAUGAACGCAGCUAAACAGGCGCUUGAAAACUCCAGGGACCUCUUUCCGCAGCUGGAUCACCAGAAGCGCGUGAUCGCCAAAAGCAUCAAAAAGCAGACGGGCAACGAGUUAGAAAACGAAUCCGAUCGACAGUAUCAGGAAGAGAAGGCCAAGAGACCCAAGUACCCGGCUCCACUGCAAGAUGAGAGUCAUCUGCCUAAACAGUAUCGCAUGCACGAGAAUAUCUCCAGCGACGAGUUGCCGGAAGAUGACGAGUUUGAAAGCACAGCUCCGAAGAGCCCAACCAUGCCCUUAAAGUUGAAUAGAAAUUUCAAUAGCAGCAGCAGCAGCAGUGAUAGCGAUGGCUCCAGCUCAUCUCCCAAUCGGAAACGCCGAUUGAAGACGAGUUCUUCGGUAUCUUCCCUAACCUAACGAGGAUAAAAAUCGAUUUUUGCAUUUCCAAAGAAUUCAAAUAGCCGCCACAUUUAAGUAAAAAUAAUUAUAGGGACUAGAAUGUAAAUCUCUUCUCAUGCCUAUUAUUAGAUAAGCUCAAAACGAAUCGCUCACUUAGUAUGAAAAUAAGACAUAAACGUAUCGGAUUUCAACUUAUUGAUUAAAAUAUAUUAUCCCUA